AUGACUAGCGCAGAAGUAGUUGAGGCCACGGCUAGUGACCAACAUCUACAGGAGGUGAUCGCUGCCCUCAAGAGCCCUGCCAGAUGGCGCAACCCAGCUCUCAAGGACUUUGUGUCAAUACAACACGAGCUCUCUGUGGCAGACAAUGGCCUGCUGCUGAAAGGUACUCGUCUCGUUCUACCCGCCGCUCUCCAGCAACGAGCCAUAUCUCUUGCACAUGUGGGGCACCAAGGGAUAACCAAGACAACCAAGCUCAUGAAGCAGAAGGUCUGGUUUCCUCAUCUCGAUACUAAAGUGCAAACAUAUCUGAAAACCUGUAUGCCGUGCCAAGCGACCAUUCAGUACCAACAUGCCGACCCCAUCGCCAUUCCAGAAAAGCCCAGUCGGCCUUGGGAAGCCCUCUCACUUGACUUCGCCGGUCCAUUUCCAAACGGCAAAUACCUGAUGGUCCUUAUGGAUGACACGUCCCGCUAUCCUGUCGUAAAGAUAUUGUCAUCGCUCACCAGCCAAUCCGUCAUCAAUAGCAUCACCAAGAUCUUCAGCAUCUUCGGAAUUCCAAAGGUGAUCAAAAUGGACAACGGACCCCCAUUCCAGAGCCAUGACUUCAAGCGAUUCGCCCACACGCUAGGAUUCCACCAUCAGCGUAUUACACCGCACUGGCCGCAAGCGAAUGGGGAAGUGGAGAGAUUCAUGCGAACAUUAAACCGGUUCAUACAAGCGACAACACUGGAAAACAAUAGCUGGACUUCCAAGCUGGGCGAAUUCUUGAGGGCCUACAGGGCAACACCCCAUUCAGCAACUGGAACCCCACCUUUUUUAUGUGCUUUUCGGCAGGUCCAUGGGAUAUCUUCUCCCAAGCUGCUCCAAUGA